AAUGCGCUUGCGCGUUGGACCGGCCCGUCGCGUUCUGUCCCAAUCAUUGUAAACAGGCGGAGGCUGGGGCGGGGUGGGAAUGGGGCUCCUGAGGCCGGCUAGGGGCGAAGCGCAGGAGGCGCCUACGGUGGCUGCGGCGGCACCGUGAGCGCGAGGAGGCGGCGGCUGCGGCGGGGGCGGGCUGUCGCGCGGCGGCAGGCACAGGUGUAAUGGAUAGGUAACAGAGAAACCCUCUUCACUGUCUCGUCAGGGAGGCAGAAUGACUGAGUGCUUCCUGCCCCCCACCAGCAGCCCCAGUGAACACCGCAGGGUGGAGCAUGGCAGUGGUCUUACCCGAACCCCCAGCUCUGAGGAGAUCAGCCCUACUAAAUUCCCUGGAUUGUACCGCACUGGUGAGCCCUCUCCUCCCCAUGACAGCCUCCAUGAACCUCCUGACAUAGUGUCUGAUGAUGAGAAAGACCAUGGGAAGAAAAAAGGAAAAUUUAAGAAAAAAGAAAAAAGGACUGAAGGCUAUGCUGCCUUUCAGGAAGAUAGCUCUGGAGAUGAAGCUGAAAGUCCUUCCAAAAUGAAGAGGUCCAAGGGAAUCCAUGUUUUUAAGAAGCCCAGCUUUUCUAAAAAGAAAGAGAAGGAUUUUAAAAUAAAAGAGAAACCCAAAGAGGAAAAACAUAAAGAAGAAAAGCACAAAGAAGAGAAACAUAAAGAGAAGAAGUCAAAAGACUUGACAGCAGCUGAUGUUGUUAAACAGUGGAAGGAAAAGAAGAAAAAGAAGAAGCCAAUUCAGGAGCCAGAGGUGCCUCAGAUUGAUGUUCCGAAUCUCAGACCCAUUUUUGGAGUUCCCUUGAUCGAUGCAGCCGAGCGGACCAUGAUGUAUGACGGCAUUCAGCUGCCGGCGGUUUUCCGCGAGUGCGUGGAUUACGUAGAGAAGUACGGCAUGAAGUGCGAAGGCAUCUACAGAGUUUCAGGAAUUAAAUCAAAGGUGGAUGAGCUGAAAGCAGCCUAUGACAGAGAGGAGUCUCCAAAUUUGGAAGAAUAUGAGCCUAACACCGUAGCCAGUUUGUUGAAGCAGUAUUUGCGAGACCUUCCGGAGAAUCUGCUUACCAAAGAGCUGAUGCCUCGCUUUGAGGAGGCUUGUGGGAGGAGCACAGAGAGUGAGAAGGUGCAGGAAUUCCAGCGCUUGCUCAAAGAACUGCCAGAAUGUAACUAUCUUCUGAUUUCUUGGCUGAUCGUGCACAUGGACCAUGUUAUCACGAAGGAACUGGAAACAAAAAUGAAUAUACAGAACAUUUCUAUAGUGCUCAGCCCGACCGUUCAGGUACAUGGCUUUCUCUGCCCUCUGAUGCUGACCCUGGGGAGUGUCGGAGACAUUUUCUGUUGCCAUCUCCUAGAUUCAUACUUGCAUGGUGCUCACCAGUGGUCGUUAUUUCAGGAGAAUGAGAUCCUGACUGAACAGGAGGAGCUCCUAGCCAUGGAGCAGUUUCUGCGCCGACAGAUUGCCUCAGAAAAAGAAGAGAUUGAACGCCUCAGAGCUGAGAUCGCUGAAAUUCAGAGCCGUCAGCAGCAUGUCCGCAGUGAGACCGAAGAGUACUCCUCCGACAGUGAGAGUGAGAGUGAGGAUGAAGAGGAGCUUCAGAUCAUCCUGGAGGACUUACAGAGGCAGAAUGAAGAGCUGGAAAUAAAGAACAAUCAUUUGAAUCAAGCAAUCCACGAAGAGCGCGAGGCCAUCAUCGAACUGCGGGUGCAGCUCCGGCUGCUGCAGCUGCAGCGAGCCAAGCCCGAGCCGCAGGGGCAGGACGACGACGAGCCUGAGCGGCGUGGGGGCGCCGCCCAGCCGCCCAGAGACAGCGCCCUGGAGACGAAAGCGGCUAAGGAGCCGCCGAAGGCAGUCAAGGAGCAGGCCAAGCCGUCGCCGAGCAGAGACCGGAAGGAGACGCCCAUCUGAGGGCCCGAGCGUCACGGAAUCCCCAGACCCGACGAGACCUGUGCGUCUUACUGUAACCCCGAGAGUCGGAGUGCACAACUCUCUGCUGUACAUUCUGUAAAGAUGUUUUUCUCCUCAGACUCUUCCUUCUUUUCACACGUAUGACUUCUCCGCGUCAGGCUCAGGUUACACGGGAGGACAAAGCAGUGCACGCAGUGUGGGCUUGUAGGGGACAGAUAGUUUUCCAGAUAGUGUCAGCUUAUUUGAAGAUUAAUUUUCUUUGUUAACUUAAAACUAUUUUAACCCUUGAGUGGCUUCUUUUUAAACCAAAAAUUGUCUUUCUUUGCUUUUUUAUUACAGCAGAAUCAGGAUCUCUCUCUCUCGUUCAAGGGGGGGGAACCAAACAAGGCACACACUGUUCCUGCCUUGUGGAUUGCCCCACAGUCUCAGCCUCCGGGAUCUCUGCUUAUUAGUCACUCUUGCUUGUGCCUUUUACACCUUUUCGGUGCAGAUUAUAUAAUGGGGAGCUGCUUCAUAUUUCCUGACUGGCCAGAACGGCUCUUCCUGAGGUUACCUUUACCCACGCUCGUCACCCUCUCCCUUUGACGGUCCUAAACCACAGUCCAUGAGCCUGAGUCACAGGAUGGCCUAGCUGGUCACAGAGCUGCCAGUGGAGCCUGCCCACUGGUCCGGGGCAGCGUGGCCCGCAUGGCCCCCGGUGGAGGAGCAGCUCCCUCGCUCCUGCGGGCUCCUUGCUGCUGGUGAUGAGCACAUGCUUUUCACUGGGUUGGCGGAAGGUAGCUGCCUGGCCUAAGGCAUCCACACACACGAUGGGUUUCUGAACUCAGAAAUCUUGUGUGUGACUGAUUUGCCACGAAACACAGAAUGACUGAGAUUGCUUGCUUGGGCUAGAAUGUAAAAGUCUUUUUGCCUGAAUAAGCCAUAUAUGCUCUUAAACAAGUUUUCAAUGACCCGUAUCAUCUCAGUGAACCUGCUGAUGGACUCCCAAUAGAAAAGAUUGAGCAAUAGAAAAAAACCUUUUCCUUUAAAUGAUAGCUGUGAUCCCCGGCCCCGUUUUCUUGCUUCUGUAACUUCUCUGGUGACUGAGGCAUCUGGGAGGUCAGCUCUCAGGCACCUCUAUUCAGUCACGCUCUGCCGGAAUCAGUGGCACCCAUGAGGUAGGUCAGCUCUCAUGGCUGUGAAGACAGACCCCACACACUCAAGGUGAUGGAAACAAACCCCCCACGAGGGCUCUGUCCUCUCCUAGUUACUAUUUAUUUUCAGCACCUGUUUGAUGCGGUUUUUUAUUCUCUACCUAUUGCACUGUUGUGACUUGUUGGCCAUUGUUUGAUUUUUGUACGAAAAAAAGCUUUGUUAUAGAAAUCAGCAUACUAUUUUUUUAAAUCUGGAGAGAAGAUAUUAUGGUGACUGAAAAUAUGGUCAGGUGUCAAAUAUAAACGUAUAAAAGCCUUCUUGCUGUCCUGUCGGUCAUAUUACAUUCAUUUCGUAUUUGCUGGCAAUAUUUAAGGUUUCUUUUUUGUGUAAACUCUAAUUUCUAUCAAGGUGUCAUGGAUUUUUAAAAUUAGUAUUUCAUUACAGUUGUCUCAGCGUUGGUUAACUAAUUUUUGCCAGGACCAUUAUUGAUCAAGCAAAUAAAUUCAACAGCCAUUUGAGGGAAAAAAAAAAAAAA